AUGUCCGAAAGUGGCUACUCGUGGAAGAAGAAGAAUAACGUCAGGCUUCCGGUAAAUGCAGAGAAGGUAAUAGCAGUGCAGCCUGUGGUCAUGAAAUACGGUUCCAAAACGAUCCCUGGACAUGCCGUUCUCCACGUGGUGCAAGGUAAAAAAGCUAUCGUCUUCAUGUCUAUUGAUGCUCCUCACGACAUUGACGUGCCUCUCAAAGAACCAUCUGAUCCAACCCCAGCCGGUAAAUGA